GUGAGAAGCAUUACCCAAAAGCUUCUUCCUUUCUCACACACUCUCUCUCUGUCUCUUCUUCUUGGCUUUAGACUCAAGAUGGGUGCUGCAGCGCAGUUUAGUAAGGAGAGGGUUUUCAGAGGGUUUCUGUUUUGGUUCUGCUUUUGGGGACUGCUCUCUCUAACAUGCGCAGGGAGACUCAGUGUUUCAAAGCAGAAUCUUGAAGUGCAUAAACACUUGAAUCGAUUGAAUAAACCAGCCGUUAAGAGCAUUCAGAGUCCAGAUGGUGACAUAAUAGACUGUGUUCAUAUAUCUAAGCAACCAGCUUUUGAUCAUCCUUUCCUCAAAGAUCACAAGAUUCAGAUGAAACCUAGUUACUCUCCAGAAUCGUUGUUUGAUGAGAACAAAGUGUCUGAGAAACCAAAAGAGAGAGUCAAUCCAAUAACUCAGUUAUGGCACCAGAACGGAGUGUGUUCUGAAGGGACAAUACCAGUGAGGAGAACAAAGAAAGAGGAUGUCUUGAGGGCGAGUUCUGUUAAACGUUAUGGGAGGAAGAAGCACCGUUCUGUUCCUCUGCCCCGAUCUGCUGAUCCUGAUCUAAUCAACCAAAGUGGUCAUCAGCACGCCAUAGCAUAUGUGGAAGGAGGCAAGUUUUACGGGGCCAAGGCGACAAUAAAUGUAUGGGAACCCAAAGUGCAAAACUCUAAUGAGUUCAGCUUAUCUCAGUUAUGGAUUCUUGGAGGUUCUUUUGGUCAAGAUCUCAACAGCAUUGAAGCUGGUUGGCAGGUUAGUCCAGAUUUAUAUGGCGAUAACAACACAAGGCUUUUCACAUACUGGACGAGCGAUGCUUAUCAAGCUACUGGCUGCUACAAUCUCCUUUGUUCGGGUUUUAUACAAAUCAACAGUCAAAUAGCAAUGGGAGCCAGUAUUUCUCCUGUAUCUGGCUUCCAUAACCCACAAUAUGAUAUUAGUAUCACCAUUUGGAAGGAUCCUAAAGAAGGUCACUGGUGGAUGCAGUUUGGGGACGGGUAUGUGUUGGGAUACUGGCCAAGCUUUCUAUUCUCAUACUUAGCUGAUAGUGCAUCAAUAGUAGAAUGGGGUGGAGAAGUAGUGAACAUGGAAGAAGAUGGUCACCACACAACCACACAAAUGGGAAGCGGUCAAUUUCCUGAUGAAGGGUUCACGAAAGCGAGUUACUUCAGGAACAUUCAAGUCGUUGAUAGCUCUAACAAUCUGAAAGAACCAAAAGGUCUCAACACUUUCACUGAGAAAUCGAAUUGCUAUGAUGUUGAGGUUGGUAAGAAUGAAGAUUGGGGACAUUAUUUCUACUAUGGAGGUCCUGGAAGAAACCCUAAUUGUCAGUAGAAGAUGAACAAAAGAAAGAAGAUGAUUGAAGAUGUAGAGGAACACUUGUGCUGGAUUUUUCAUUAUUAUGUGAAGUGUGAAAAUAUCGUUUUAGUUGAUUUUUCCUUACACUUUACUAUCUGUGUUUACCUGGACACUGUUUUUUUUUU